AUGACUCUACAAAACAUCAAAUACCUUGUCCGAGAAAAGGGUGGCCAAUUAGUGGCCACCAGCGUCCCUAAGCCGACAAUUGUCGAACCCACUGAAGUCAUGAUCCGCCUAAAAGCCAUCGCUAUCAAUCCAGCAGACUGCAAGAUGAUCGAUGAAGGCCAUCGAGUCACCUUAUGGCCUCUUGUAGCUGGUCUUGAUGGGUCUGGUGUUGUUGAAGCUGUCGGCGACAAAGUAAAGAACUUUGCAAUCGGAGAUAAAGUAAUUGCUAUGUUUGCAUCCGGCGAUCGCGGUGCAUCAUUCCAGAAGUUUGCCGUGGUACCAGAGAUGAUGGUUGCGAAAAAGCCGUCGACAUGGUCCUUUGAAAAUGCAGCGACUUUAGGGUGA